AUGGAAGGGCUAUGGAGACGAAGACAGAAUAAUCCCUCAGCUCCAAGGAAGCUUAGAAGCAUAGAUUUGAACCUUUUUAAUUCCCCCCCUCAACCUAUGCCUGAAAAUUUAACUACUACCUCUAAUAUUUGGUCGAGCCUGGAAGUCGAGCCUUAG